CAAGUAAUGUAAGAACAAAAUCAAAUUUUAAAAAAACCCUGAAAUUGCAGAUAAGAUAAGUAAAGUUAUCAUUAUAUUAAAACGUGAUGUAUGUUUAUGUUUAUCUACUUUCUAGGUACGAGGGAAUACUGAUGAAUUAUCAUUUAUCAGUUUUGCAUAAAAAUAUUAAAUUAUACAGGAGACUGCGUGACUUUCAGUUUUUCUGAGCCUAUCAAAACAUUGCCUACUUGACACAUUUGAAGUGGUACACAUAUGACACUAUCUAAUCAUUGAAUUCAAGGUCAAACUGUUUUAAUGAGCAGGAUUCAGUGUCGAUUCUUCAAAUGGUGAGUAGGCUACAUUCAGCAUCACGUUCACUGAUUUGGAACAAAUAUGUGGUUAACAGGCUCCUUUUUGGUAGAUGCUUUGCUUGGAGUAGCUACUGUACUAGGACUGGUUUAUUACUACAUGACUGUAACAUUUGACUUUUGGAAGAAAAAAGGGAUUCCUUUCAUCCAACCAACAUUUUUCUAUGGAAACCUAAAAGAGCAAAUUACAUUUAAAAAGUCUCUAUAUUAUGUUCUUCAAGAUAUAUACAAUAAAUUUCCCAAUGAAAGAUUCUGUGGAUAUUUUGAAUCAAGAACACCUGUCCUAAUGAUUCGAGAUCCAGUCUUGGCAGAAAGAAUUCUCAUUAAAGACUUUUCAUACUUCGUCGACAGAGAUUUUCCAGCUGAUAUGAAACGAGACCCUUUGUCUGGAAAUCUGUUUAGUUUGAGGGGCGAUGUUUGGAGAAAUUUGAGAAACAAACUUACACCAACUUUUACAACUGGAAAAUUGAAGGGCAUGCUCGAGCAAAUUUGCAAGAGCGGAGAUGACCUAUUGUCUGAAAUAGAAAAGAGCACCAAGAGUAGUAAAGCAGCUGAUCUCAAAAAGUUAUGCAGUGCCUUCACGAUUGAUGUUAUUGCUAGUUGUGCAUUUGGCCUACAGUUCAGGCCUAAUAGUCCAGAGGGCAAGCGGUUCCGGGAAAUGAUAGAUUUGAUGUCCGCUCCUUCAUCGAGCAGGAUGUUAAAAAGAUUUUUAUUCUUGUUUAUUGAGCCAUUUGCAAAGUUUUUGGGGAUGACACAGUUUCCUGAAGCAGUUAACACUUAUUUUAUUGAGCUUGUGAAGGAAACAAUGGACUUCCGAGAAAAGAAUAAUAUUCAGAGAAGUGAUUUCUUACAGCUUAUGAUGGACCUGAAAGUUCAAGAAGCUGAAGGUAAAGAUAUAAGCUGGAAAAAGGAACUUACUGAAGAAGAUACUUAUUUGAACCAAAUGGACUACACUCCAAAACAAGGACAACAAGAACUUGAAAUCAAAGUGAUGACUGACAAGUGUAUUGCUGCACAGUCGUUUGUAUUUUUGACGGCUGGCUCCGAGGCGACAGCCAACGCACUUGUCUACAACUUCUUUGAACUUGCCAAUAAUCUUCAAAUACAAAAGCGUCUGCAACAGGAGGUUGAUUCUGUUUUGGAACAACAUGAAGGCAAAAUUACUUAUGAAAGUCUGAAACAGAUGACAUAUUUAGAUUUGAUCAUUCAAGAAACAAAUCGAAGGUACUCUCUUGGUGCAUUCUUGCGAAGAGUGUGUACCACUCCGUAUACAAUACCGGAUUCUGAUAUCGUGAUAGAGAAAGGUACAAAAGUACUCAUCCCUUUAUUGGCAAUCCACAAUGACCCAGUCAACUAUCCAGAGCCUGAGAAGUUCAUUCCAGAGAGGUUUGAGGGCAACCACCAUCGCAGCAACGGUGGAACAUUUUUGCCCUUUGGAGAUGGGCCAAGAAUUUGCAUAGCAAUGCGAUUUGUAAUUUUCGAGGUGAAAGCUUGUCUUGCCACAGUGAUGUCCAAGUACACAAUCUCCCUGGACCCCAAAACUCAGGUGCCACCUCACUUUGACCCCAAAUCAUUCUCUUUGACACCUCAAGGUGGAAUUUGGGUCAAGUUUAAGCAGAGGAUGCACAAUUGAUCACUAUGCAUUUAACCUCAAGGCUGCGUCCCUCAAUAUUUUUUGUUAGCCAUUAAACUAAGCAAUAAAAGAUAUAGCGUAUAUUUACGUCUUGUAUUACAUGUUGUUGUACAUUAUAAAAUGUUAUUACGCAUUUUUAAUAAAAAGUAUUUGAAAAAUUAAA